CCACGUCACAUAUCCUAUAUUACAUAUUAUAGAGUCAAAUAAUAAUGACUAAUAUUACAUUUAACCAAGAAAGAUAAAACGUGACAUAUUGAUAAUUAGUAGUUGUGCCAAAAUACCUCAGGAGAGCUGGUGAAGGCUGCCAGGGAUCUAAGAUUGAUGGACAAGCAACAUCUACGAGCCUUUGGUGCUGGAGGAGGGGGGGGUGUUGGUGGAUCUGGCAUUAUUGGUGGAGGUGAAUAUUCCCAGAUCGGUGGUUCAGACUCGGAUGACUCUCGUUCCAGCAUCUCUCGCUCGGACGAUAAUGAUAAUGAAGCUCUUCCCUGUAUUAUUUACACUUCAGAUGACUCGGCAGAUGUAGGCCAGUCAGAUAGCACAUGUGUAGACUCAGAGGGCAUGGGUUACAUUGCUCAUAAUGUGCAGAUUCAAGACGAUGAGGGAUCUCGUAGGCUAUUGUUAGACUCUGAAUGUCCGAGUCCUCAGCCGUCCCCUCAGCCAGACCCCUGCUUCACUGUGCCUCACCCUCUGGCUGCUGUCACCUUUAGCACAGGUUUAGACUCUGACAUAGGACUGGGAGAUGAUCUUGAUCUUCAGAAAGAUCCUGAAUGUUUUGCUGGCAGUCCUCAUAUUGGUGUACACAGUGAGGAAUGUACUUUUGAGCGCAGCACCAGUGUGUCUUCAACCUCAUCUGGUUCUUCCCCUGAGGCUCAACAACCAUUACUGCCAGAGUAUCAUCCCCUGCCAGGCUUUACAGACUAUGCUGGUGUUGAGUAUGAACCUUUACAUGACCAUUCCAUAACUAGAGGAAAAAUGCAUGAUCCUCUUGACAUAUUUGUGGAUGUGACGGAUAUCCCAAACAAAAUUCAGCCGUUACUGGGACGCCUCAUGUUGGCUUCUGAUGUUCACAUUGAUGUCAAGUACAAGGAUUCUUUCUAUGUUGGCUGGAACUGGGCCCGUAGUCAGACGUGUGUGCUGCUCAACAUGUCCAUCCUUCUUCUCUGUGUAGGUGUUGACUCAUUCAG